UAUGACCAACCAGGAAAUAAACUAGUUUUUUCGGUUUUUGUGUGAUUGCGUUAUGUGGAACAGAAAGAAAGAACAAAACAUUUCUCUUUUACAGAGAUCAAAGCGUAUUCAUAUCAGUACUGACAGCCGUGCUCGAUCCGUUCACACUUAUUUACAUUCAUCAUCAUCAUCUGACUGAUCGCAGUAUAUGCACAGAAAUGACUCGGAUUUCGCUGUUUCUUUGUGCCGUAUUUUGCACAUCAUGCAUCGGAGUUAAAUAUACACCGGACUGGACGAGUUUGGACUCCAGACCUCUGCCCAAAUGGUACGACGAGGCGAAGUUCGGCAUCUUUAUUCACUGGGGGGUGUUUUCUGUACCUGGGUUCGGGAGUGAGUGGUUCUGGUGGAACUGGAAGGGCGCCCAUAAAGAAAGUUACAUAGCCUACAUGGUGAAAAACUAUCCACCAGGAUUCACAUACGCGGAUUUUGCACCUGACUUUCACGCACAGUUUUUUGACCCCGAACAGUGGGCGGAUGUUUUCCUAGCUUCGGGAGCCAAAUACGUGGUCCUUACUUCGAAACACCACGAAGGAUUUACGAAUUGGGGAUCCCCGAAUUCCUGGAACUGGAAUUCGGUUGAUAAUGGACCUCAUAGGGAUCUGGUCGCAGACUUGGGCGAUGCCGUAAGGAAGAGGUCUCUACAUUAUGGACUCUACAGCACUCUGUUUGAGUGGUUCAAUCCCCUCUACAUGAGUGACAAGCAGUCAGGUUUCAAAACCCAGGAGUUUGUUGUAAACAAAGUAAUGCCAGAACUCCACAAUCUGGUCAAUAGGUACAAACCAGAAUUAAUUUGGUCAGAUGGGGAUUGGGAAGCACCUGACACCUACUGGAACUCCACACAAUUUCUAGCUUGGCUUUACAAUGAUAGUCCGGUCAAAGAUGUAGUGGUGACCAAUGACAGAUGGGGGGCGGGCUGUUCCUGUAAACACGGAGGUUAUUACAACUGCGCUGACAAGUUUACCCCGGGGCAGCCUCCCAAACACAAGUGGGAAAAAUGCACAUCAGUGGAUAAUUACUCUUGGGGGUAUCGUCGAAAUAUGAUGUUGAGAGAAUUAAUGGAUUUGCCAUCUAUUAUAAAGGACAUGGUCUACACAGUGAGUUUAGGGGGAAAUUACCUGUUGAAUGUAGGGCCGACAGCAGAAGGCAUGAUUCCUCCUGUGUUUGAGGAACGUCUCAGAAGUAUUGGUGACUGGAUGAGAAUCAACGGGGAGGCCAUCUAUGCAACCGAGCCUUGGAAAGUCCAGACUGAGAAUGCUACUGUACCUGUCUGGUACACUUCAAAAGGCAGCACAGUGUAUGCCAUCUUUACCGCAAAUCCAGAGAAGGCCAUAUUUCAGCUCUCUACACCCAUAACAUCUGACAAAACCGUGGUGACUUUGUUAGGUAACCCUGAGCCGCUGAAAUGGGCUCCUCUGCACAUAUCAGGACUCAUUCUUCUUCUGCCGGAUCUGCCUUGUACACCUGCUCAAGCCUGGACCAUCAAACUGGAGGGGGUCAAUUAAACCCAUUCAUUUACAAUCUCAUGAUUUUUAGAUGUUUAAAAUGGAGAUUGAAUCCAAUUUUUACUGCCUUAAUAAAACUGUUUGCUUAAUGAUUAAACAACUGACACAUCCAAACCAAAUAAACUACUUUUUUAAAAUGUUUAACUAUGUAAUUGAAUCAAAUUUUUACUGCCUUAAAGGUAUAGCGGAGGAUUUUCUCGAAUUUUAGAAAAGAACCGCCAUAUCCACAUUUUUAAAAAAUGCAAUUGCACAACACUCCUGAUUGACAACUAGGAGGACCAAUAGUGUUGAUGAUCCACCCGGAAAUAGAAAAUCAUUCGCAAUACCUUUUAAUAAAACUGUUUGCUUAAUGAUUAAACAACUGACACAUCCAAACCAAAUAAACUACUUUUUUUUAAAAAUGUUUAAUGUAAUUGUGUUACUUGACCUUUACUUGAGCUUAGAAACAAUACACAUUGAGCAAAACUAUUACUUCAAUCUAAAGGGGACAUGUCAUGAAAAUCUGCCUUUUGCUAUAUGUGUGUCUCCAGUGAUUCUAUCAUGCUAGAAAAUGUGAAAAAUUUCAACCCAGUAACUUCGUUUUGGUAAACCAUUCUCUGCAAGCAUGUGAAAAAAAUAUCAAUGAUAGGUCAUUUUGCUCCCCUUGUGAUGUCAGAGGGUGAUCUUAUUAUAAUAACACCACCCCUUAAUCCAACCAUGACACUGCCAUUUAGUACAGCGAGAAAGAGAGAGCUAGAGAGAGAAAAACUUUACAGCACAAUUGAGAUUCAAUUUCAACAAACCACCAUCAUGGCGAUCAAUGUUUGCAUUUGUGUGUAUUGUUUCUUGGACCUUUACUUUUAUAUAUUAAUACUGGCCCUCAGACUAUUAAUGUGUAUUUUCAAAUUCAAAAUGCUACUAUACCAACACUUGCUGCAAUUCAUCCCUCAGACAAUAUGAGACAAGUACAUUUCAUUAGGUCAGUAUCACAGGCACUUAUACUACUCCCUUUAUAUAAAAAUAAUUAUGGUCAGAAAUUUUUGUUUUAUACAUGCACCAAAAUUUGGAAUGAUAUCCCAUCUAUCACAUGUUUCAAAAAGGCAUACAAAACUUUCUUCUAAACAGUAACACUUGUACUCACUGAUCGUUUAGUCAGUUUUGUUUGCACUGAUUGUAUUGUUGUUUUUAGUUCUUUGUAUUUGUUUCCCUUGUGUUUAAAACUGUUUUUUUUAUUUUGUGUUGUAAUUUGUGUUUUUAUGUUCUGCAGAACAGGAACCUGCUGGAAACCAGUUUUUAAACUGAGUCAGGCUCAUUUAAAUUGUUUCUUAAUGUUACUUUUGAACCUUUUCUGUAUAAUAAAUGAAAUGAAAUUUCA